UCAUGGUAGAAGCACUCUCGCACUCUCUUGCCGGCGCUUCGGAUCUGCAUUGUCCGUCGGUCCACCUGUAAGGUCCGCACAAACCCGAUACACACUCAACACACAGUGGCGCCGCACCAUCGAAUGUACCCGCGGAUGGGCCAUCAUUCUGUAUCUUGGGGCACCAGGGAGGAAAGAUGGUGUCAGACGAUCCAAUAAUGGUCCCCCGCACAUUGAGUGCCUCCACGCGAAAGUAGACACACGAACCUAGAGACACAGGAGUGCACGUGUCGCGUCAGCUUCUCUUAGAACGGUGUCUGCAUACCUGUUGGAUUGAAUUUUCCGGUAAGCGCGGUACUAUGCUCGAACCUGGUCUUGUUGACUACCUCCACAGCGUAGGUCUUCUGGAGACCCCAGCCCCCCAAAACACGCCACUUGGCCACUUUGGUUGCGCCGUUCCAGCUGCAAGUAUCCGCAAGGUGAGGGACGUCAGUGUCAUGUGCUCGUUCGUUCGCACACAUGCACCUGCAUACCUGUAGUGGAGCGUCGCGGGUUCUGCAUUUGUGUCGAGUAGGAGGGUCGGCUUUGUCGAGUUGUCGAUCCCUUCAAAGGGGAGCCGAGCGGCGCGGUAGCCCAUACCUUUUUUGAACCGCAUCCGCAGCAGCUCCUCUCCGUCAGGGGAGAUCUCCGAGUAGAAGGGCUGAGCGCCGCCAGGGUCUCCCUCGAUCCCUCCUACAUGUCACAAUGAAUUGACCACAUAUGCAUGCCAUUCAAAGAUGUGGACAGAGCACAAAAUCCAUGGUAGCUGUCGCUCACCCCAGCUGACACCAUGGUUGCCAUUCGCAAGACGCUGCGCAGGGAGAACGACAAGAACGGAAUACGCAAACAGCUGGUCGGAGGCGCUGGUGUUUACCUGAUGACUUCCCAUGGCCGCACCCCAGAUCCCUGAUCAGUUACACACACGAGCAGCCGUGUACUUAGUGUCAUCUGUCUCCUUUUGCUCCGUGUGAGAGCGGACGCCAUUGGGGCUAGCCUACCCGGCGAGUACUGCCAGACGAGGGUGGCAAUCUUCUUGUCUUCGUCCAGCCUAUACUCCACGGCUCUUGAUCUCGGGGGGUCACGCUCAUUCCCAUUGUCAUAUAGCGUCAGGUGGCCGUCUGGGUGCAGUACCGCAUCGUGUUGGAAGCUGAAGCCGUUGAAAGGGUCGUUGACAAACCGGAACUGGUUGGCUUUGCCGCCCAUCUUCCAGAUGACGUAUCCAGUCUCACGGUCGAUCUUGAUGACCUGAGACAGGUACCGCAGGCUGAGCAGCACGUGUCCGUCGGGCGUCCAUGCCACUGCGUUGGCGUGCAGGUGGUCAAGUCUCGAAGAGUCGAACUUGAACCGAUAGUCGUCAGCUGUUAAGGUCUCCUCAAAUUGAUUCGGGAGAUGGUGCUGCGAGACAUUCAGAGACGUGGCACCGCAAACAUGCCAAUCAGAUAGAAGAUUUCCUUGUUUGCGCACAUACCCAUGAGGACCACUGCCAGACGAGGCGAUUGUCGGCGUCGAGCUCUUGCACGACGCAUCCAAUGGCGACUCCACUUGCAUUCCCCGGCAAGGAAGAGAUGUUCUGUUUGCUCAGGUCCCUCAAGUCUUUCGCUAUCAGCAGCACGUGGCCAUCCUCGCGGAUUUUCAUGUCGUGAUGGUCGGGGUCGUAGCCAUUUGCUGGCACGAUGGUGCGCACACGCUUGAAGGAGUUAUUUAGCACGUGCCACCUGCAGGAGAGAUGAGCCUAAUGUGAGGUGAGUCCAUGAUAACAAUCAGUGGAAUGCUCUUCGUUCACCCACGGUCCUCCGGUAUCAUCUCGAUGUAGGACAGCUGAUUGUUGCCUUGCAGCUUGAAGUCCCGCAAUUGGAAGCGCGGGCCCGUGGUGCCGCCGGUGGUCCACGGGAAGCGAUGAUACCACACCGGCCCUCCUGCCCUCCAAGGAGUGAAACACAGUCAGAAGCAGUCUAGUACAAUCAGAAGCAACGCUGGGAGUGUCGAGGAUUUUCACCUGUGUUGUCCAAGAUUAGCAGGUACUGAUGGGUAGUGAUGUUGCCGGAUCGCAU